UCGCUGUCAAAAUUUCCUUCGUUCCAGUGUGCUAAAACGAAACAACACAACAAAAGGAAAAGGUAACGCCCCAAAGAAAGAACAAAGGAGGAAAAGUAGUACUGCUAAGGUAAUAGACGGAUCUCUCUCAAAAGUCUCAACUCAUCGUCGUCCAAUCCAACAUGAGAAACAAACCAUAACCAUAGCAAAUCCAGUCUACUUCCGCUCCUACGCCAUCGCGCCACCAUUCUCUUUUCCCAUGAAGUAUACCCAUCUCCUUCACAUUCCCAUUUUCUUAUUACUAUUGCUCCCUCCUCCGGUCCUCCUCCUCCCCCUCAACUCUUUCCCCUCUUCUUCUUAUUCUUCUUCACCAAAUGUCAUCAUCACCCAAAUCCUCUCAUAAAAAUCAUCGAAGCCACUUCCCUCUUCAGAAAUCCCUUUUCCAGCAAAACGCUGCUUUCCCUCAUUCAAGCCCUGUUCAUACCACGUCUAAUAAAACUGCUAAUUCUUCUUACGGCAAGCCAAUUUCUGCUAGUAAUAAUUUUGCUGGUGACUUCAAUCAUCCUUGUCCGCAUUUAUUGGAGCUCCGAUCUAAACUUGGACCCAACCCCUUUCGGAACCUUCAAGACUGCCUUGAGGUCCGCCCCCUUGGCCGGGUCUCCGUUCGCCGGGAGCUCGGUCAAGAGGUUGUGCAAUGCGGCGCCUGUAAGGCCUCGUCCCCGAGAUUGUUCGCAUGCGUCGCCUGCGCCGCCGUCUCCUGCCAGCUCCACGCAACUUCCCACGCCGCGCAGGCGGACGACAAUACCGGCUGCUCUUCUCCUUCCUCCUUCCACGCCAUCGCGGUGGAUGUUGACCGCGUCGAGCUCUUCUGCUGCGUCUGCAAGGACCAGGUCUACGACAGCGGCUUCGACGCCGCCGUGGUCCUCGCCCAGACUGCCGCCUCAUCCGCGAUCGGCUCGAUCCACUGUCCUCCUCCGCCGGUGCCGGCAGAGAAUCUUCGGAAGCGGCGGCGAGUGGAGUACAAGCCUUGGACGCCUGAUCCGAAUGAGCGGGCUCUAAUUGUAGAAAAAUCAAGCCCCCUACCGAGUCGGCCGAGUCAACUCGGCGAGGCAGACGGGGAGCUCCCCUGGGGGCUCAGGGGCCUUAAUAAUUUGGGAAAUACUUGUUUUAUGAACUCAGUAUUGCAGGCAUUGCUGCAUACCCCGCCAUUGCGGAAUUAUUUCCUGAGCGAUAAGCAUAAUCGGUAUUUUUGUCAGCAAAGAAAUAACGUAAUUAGUACUAGAAGUCAUGAUAGUAACAAUCAUAGUAAUAAGAAUGCGGCUAGGUUGUGUUUGGCCUGUGAUUUGGAUGCAAUGUUCUCAGCUGUUUUUUCCGGGGAUCGGACGCCCUAUAGCCCUGCCAAGUUCUUAUACAGUUGGUGGCAGCAUGCAUCAAAUCUUGCAAGUUAUGAACAGCAGGAUGCACACGAGUUUUUCAUCUCCAUGCUCGAUGGGAUUCAUGAGAAGUUACAAAAGGACAAACGCAAGCCCCAGAUUCAAACAGGUAGUGGCGAUUGUUGUAUCGCUCAUAGAGUAUUUUCUGGCAUCUUGCGGUCGGAUGUCAUGUGUACAGCUUGUGGGUUUACAUCCACUACAUAUGAUCCAUGCAUUGACAUUUCCUUGGACUUGGAAACAAAUGUAGGGGGUCCUGCAAAAUUGACAUCUGCAAAAUCCAAUCAUUCUUGCAAUGGUGUGCCAGAUUCCAAGAAUGCUUGCCAGAGCACGGGGGUUUCUACCUUGAUGGGGUGUUUAGAUCGUUUUACAAGACCUGAGAGAUUAGGCUCUGACCAAAAGUUCUACUGCCAACAGUGUCAAGUAAGACAAGAAUCUCUUAAACAGAUGUCCAUAAGAAAGCUUCCUCUAGUAUCUUGCUUUCACAUUAAAAGAUUUGAGCAUUCUCAUAUCAAGAAAAUGUCGAAAAAGGUUGAUCGCUUUCUUCAGUUUCCGUUUUCCUUGGACAUGUCACCGUACCUCUCUUCAUCUAUCUUGAGAAGUCGGUUUGGAAACAGAAUCUUCCCGUUUGAUGGUGAUGAAUCAGAUUCUCCAAAUGAAUUGUCUUCAGAAUUUGAGUUGUUUGCUGUCAUCACUCACUCUGGGAAACUUGAUGCCGGUCACUAUGUAACUUACUUGAGAUUGAGUAAUCAGUGGUACAAGUGCGAUGAUGCGUGGAUUACUCAGGUUAAUGAUAACAUUGUGAGAGCUGCACAAGGUUACAUGAUUUUCUACGUGCAGAAGAUGCUCUAUUACAAAGCAAGUGAAAGACAGGUUGCAUUGUGAGAAGCUGAUCCAAGCAGGGAGUUUGCAGGAACAAAUAUAAGCCUGCAGCUGGUGAGGGUAAUGGUUUACUGUUGGAAGAAGCAGUGCAACUAAAUGUGCCUUCUGAUGAGACAUCAUAGCAAGCUUCACGCAUCCAUGAAAAGAAAUGUCCUGACUUGGGACGAGCUGCUCUUGCUGGCCUGCCUGCCUGCAGUCUCUUGAUUCCUCCGGGCAAGUUUUGAUUGCAAUUUGCCCCUCAUAUAAGGCUGAAUUUUGGCUCCGACGUGGAUGUGGGUAAUUUUGACACAAUAAUAUAAGAAUCCUCCUAAAAGAAAUAGUAGGUUUUAGUUCGACUAAUUCCCUUCCCAAUUUUUGUCCUAUUUUUUUUUUUUUUUUAAUAUUAGAACCCAAGGGCAAGUGCUGGAACGAUUUUUUUUUUUUUUUAAAUCCCAAAUGCUAAGCAGCUUAUAAAAGAAUUUUCAACGCUGGUUGAUGUCAAACUAACUAAGUAGUUGAUCCUCCUUAUAAA